AUCGUUCUACCAAUCAGAUUGAAUUUGGUAACCACCUUCAAAACAAAAUAAUAUGGCUGGUAUUACGCAUAACGGAAAGUUAACCGGGAUGCGUUAAUAAAAUUUUAUAGCGAUCAAAAUCAUUUGAUCCUUGUUAGUGACAUGAUUAUUGUGCUCAUCCAUGUGAUCUAUUUCUUUGGCAAGUUUGUAUAUCAGAAUUAUCGAAGCAAAAGACAAAACACAAUGGAUAAUGAUACGGUUAACAUGGAGCUAGGAUGCAACAUUUCUAAAAGUGAUUGUAGAAUGGUAGAUCCUGAGACACCUCAGACUUUUGAAGAAAAUAUCAAAUUUUUCCCGCCGGCGUACAUCCAAAGAUAUGCUGCUGUCGCCGAUGUACUUAGUAGUGAGAGAUAUCGAGGAAAAUUACGCAAGAUCGUUGACUUUGGAUGUGCAGAACUUGGUUUUUUAACACACCUAAAAAAUACAGGAGGCAUACAAGAAAUAUUAUGCGUGGAUAUUAAUAGACCGCUUUUAGAAGCUUAUAAAAGUAGAGGUGCUCCCUUAGUAUCUGAAUAUUUACAUAGAAGAACCGCACCUUUUGUGAUUGAGAUAAGCGAAGGUUGUGUUACUCAAAAUGACAAGAGGCUAGAAAACACAGAUGCUGUAAUCUGCAUAGAAUUGAUCGAGCAUUUGUAUCCAGAUACUUUAAUAAAUUUCCCUUACAAUAUUUUUGGCUAUAUCAGACCAGUAUUGGUAGUGAUAACAACUCCAAAUGCGGAGUUUAAUACAUUAUUCCCAAACUUUUCUGGAUUUAGACAUCCUGAUCAUAAAUUUGAAUGGACCAGGCAACAAUUUCAAGAUUGGGCUCAAAAUAUUAUUUUAAGAUACCCCAAUUAUAUAGCAACAUAUCAUGGGAUUUGUAAAGGCCCAGAAGGCUCAGAACAUUUAGGAUGUUGUACUCAAAUGGCUGUUUUUCAUCGCGUCGGUGAGAAGGAAGAAGUGUAUAGCCCUGGCAUUGAAAAUUUAUUUAAAGUUGUAGCUAGAUACGAAUACCCGUUUCAAAUAGAUAAUCGCUCAGAUGAAGAAAAGAUUGUUGACGAAGCAUCGUACUACAUUAGACAUUUAUCGUAUCAAGACGAUAUGGAAGAAGAAGUUCCAUUAAAACUAAUAUUAAAAAUGUUACAUACGUUUCCAAUUACUAUGGAUGAAUUGGAAACAAUUUUAGGGGACGCUGGCUGGGCAAUUGAAGAGCGUGAAGAUGGCCCUGUUGUCUUAGUACCACCACCUACUACGUAUUCUGAUACUACAGUAGGUGGGCCUCUUUGGAGUAAUGACAUGUAUGCUUCGGAGGAAGAUGAGUGGAAUAUGGAAUCCGAACAACCUAUAAAUUACAGCAGAGACAGACAAGAAGAAUCGGACAAUGAAGAUUGGGACGUAGAAUCAAGUAUCGUUAUACCUGCUAUGUCACAAAAUAAUUCUACGCUUGAAGACAAUACUUAUCUUUAUGACGAAAAUGAUGUUUUACACAGUAAUGAAUUUGAAACGACAAGAAGUGCCGAAGUUCCUGAUAAAUACAGUGAAAUUAACAACGAAGGAAAUAUAGAUUCAAUACUUGGCACAGAUAAUUUCAAUAAAUCAUUUGACAAUAAUGAUCCAUUGUACUUAAAUGAAUCAACAGAAUUAUCUGAUUCUCCCGUAACAAGAAAACUUAAAAGUUUGUAUAUAACAUCGGACAUACAAGAUGAUGCUAUAUCAGAUACUGCACAAAAACUUAAUUGUACGUUAGAUCUAGUUUACAUGUCCCUUUCACGGGCCUCUACUUCGCCUGAGCCAUAUCUUUUACACGCCGUUAAGAUGGACCAACAAUUAACAAACGAUAGUAUAUGUAAUCAAAGCAUGAGCGACCACUGGAUGUUAAACAAUUCGCUCCAACAGGAAAAUAUAUCAAUUAACACCAUCGCAGAUGUAAAUGAUGAAGAAAGCAAGAAAUCAUCGUUAAAAUAUGAUCUUGAUGGACAUGAUCACCUAAACGAUAUUUAUUCAAAUACAUUAUAUAAAGAAGAUAAAGAUUCUGACAAUGAUACUAACACAGCAGCAAGUACAAACCCUAUCGAUCUAAAUCAAAUGCAAAGUAUCCAACAGAGUAGUAAUGUCUCGGAGCAUAAUUGUCAUCUAAAAGAUCAAUUGCAAUCAGACAAUAGUAUAGUUUCUGUUAAUGAUAUUGUAACAGACAAUCAACCACAGUUUACAAGUUCACCAAAAAUAGAAACUAGAGCAAGUAGCGUGGGUAAAAAACGAAGAUCUCUUGAUUUCAAGGAGGAGGAGAAUAAUACUAAUUCGUUAAAUAUAUCACAGAAAUGUCAGUUCACAAGCCCUGGUAGUAAUAAUAGUAGAAAUGAGGUACUUUUACAAAGUAAUAUUGAUACAAAUAUAACUGCUAUGUCAGGCAUUAAACCAAAUACAAUAGGAAAAAGGUAUGGUAAACAAGAUACUUCUAUGUAUCAGAAUGAUACGAAAGUAAAAAGUGGGAACGAGUUAAUAAAGAACUUUGAUCAAGAUACACUUAAUAGUAGCGAUACAGCAACAAUAUGUCCUACAUUAGAUGAUAAUAAACAAACAAUAGAGGAAUUGCCUGAAACGAAUUCUUUAAGUAGUAACAAUGGCACGAAAAGUAACGAAAUAUUACAAAGGGAAAUUACAGAUCCUAGUGCUACAGAAAAGUUGGUAAAGGAAGAAAAAGAACUUCCUGCAAUAAAUAAAAAUAACAUACAAUCAGUAAAUUGUGAUACAAAAAUUCAAUUGACGAAAAAUUCAAUUAAUGAAAAGACUGAUCUAAAAUCUGAAUUACAUAAUGAUCAUGAUUUAAGGAGCGUUGUUACCGAAAUGUUUUGUAAUGAUGCCAAAGAUACAAGAGAUAUUGAGUCCACAUCAGUAUUAAAAAAUGAGAAACAAGAUGAAUGUAACGUAGAGAAUCGCGAAUUGAAACCUUCUCCAGAAACUGUGGAAACACCUUCAAGUAGUUGGUCUCCGGAAGUAAUAGAUUCCGGAUAUCCAAAUAGCGCUUCCGCUCAAGAUAUGACACAGGAAUACGCUCUAUCAAGUAUAGCGCAAGGUCAUAUAUCCGAUUCUGAAUCCCCAAAUAUAGCAGAAGUUCUAAGACCCGAAAUUCCCGAUGAGAUCGAAGUUGAAAACGGUGAUCUUGCAAAUAAUAACAGAGAUGGUGAAGGUAAUAAUAUGAUUGCUGCAGAAUUAAACGAGCUGGAAGACUUACAACCCUUCAUUGAAGUACUGGAAAAUGAUAUUGAAAACGAGAAUGAUAUUUAUGGUAUAGAGAAUGACUUCCCUAUAUGGUUGCUAGGAAUAUUAAAUAUGGCCAACCCAAUUGAUGUGGACAUAGGCAUGCAGAAUCACAGGGAAUUGAUGUUUCCAAACAGAGCAGCAGGUGACAACGCAAGGUACGUAAAUAUGGAACGCGAUGAAGGUUUUGAUAAUAGUUCUGAAGAGAAUAGCGAUUUAGAAAAUAAUGAAAUGUAAAUGAUGUUAAUGAAAAUGCGCUAAUGAAUAGUGUCGAUGACGAUAAUGAAAAUGCGCUAAUGAAUAAUGUCGAAGACGACAAUGAAAAUGCGCUAAUGAAUAAUGUCGAAAACGACAAUGAAUAUGCGCUAAUGAAUAAUGUCCAAAACGAUAAUGAAAAUGCUUCUAACCGAAAUAG